AUGGGAGGUCAGAAUCGGUCGCGUUACGCGAGGAGGCAGCCCGACCGCCCUUGGCGUCCUCCUCUCCCUUCGCAUGCUCACGGACACAAGCCCCGCUCAGUACCAUUAUGGGAAAGGGAAUUCUGCAGUUAUGUUGGCAACAUUUCCUGGCAGAGGUUCUGCGAAAACAAGCGAUAUGUUUCCAUAUUCCCUGACCUUGAGCAGUGGGAUGAUUCAGGAGCCUUUGAGAACUUCCAGAAUGCAAAGGCAAGGUUCUGGGCUAACUAUCAUGGCCAACAUUCUGAUAUUCCUCUGCCGGACCCUGAUAUGUACAUUGAUAAGGUCGAUCACCACUGCAAAGUUGAUCCUGAAUUGGUAGCUGACCUUGAUAAGGUACGGCUACCAAUUGACCCGGAUAACAAUUCAGUCAUGGCUACCGGAUCAGCCGAUGCCGGGGCAGACAACAUGUGUACUCAGAACCAGUCUGGAGACUGGGAUAUCUGCAUAGAAAAGCCAGCUGAAGUGGAUGAGUGGAACUGGGAACCCAGUCCAGGAUCCAAUGCGACUUGGGGAGGGAACAAUGAAUCUUCCAGUAAAUGGGGUACUAUCAACUUCUGUUGGGGUGCUUCUCUGGAGGAGCCUAGUUGGCACAGCUGGAGCAACGACCACUAUGCAUCAAACAACAGGUAUAAUAAUUUAUAUGGUAGUUCCAACAAUAACAGGUACCAGGAGCCAGGAGGAGGAUCCAAGUCACACAUCAGGAAGGAUAAUAACGGCAGCGGACACUUCCACCAGAAGAACAAGAAACUGAGGAACAAGGAUGAGGUCUUCGGAAGGAGCAGCUGGAAGGAUCCCAGAGGAAGAAAGAAGGAAUGGCAUCCAGUGCACAACAGGACCUGCCAAAGUGGGCAGGGAAUAGAAGAUGGCCCUUGA